AUGACGCGGAACCGCCCAGGGACCACUCCAGUGGAACCGAUAUCAUCAGCGGAUGCACAUGCAACGCAGGCGGUUUAUCUGGACGCUGCCGACAGUUAUUUUGGUGCCGUGACUGCCAAGAUUGGCGCGCCCUUCUACGAUGGCGGCUGCACGGCUUGGGGAUGCUCCCCGGGCACGGGUUCGCAGUGCCAGAGCUGCGUGGAACAAAGCAAGCGAUCGCAGGCAGAUCACUGCGCCACCUGCAAUGAAGGCUUCUACAUUGAUGAACCAGGAUGCAAGGCCAUUGCAGCCGACCAGAAGUGUGGAGGUGCCACUUGUGCGAAGAGCUGUGAGGGUGAGAAGUGCGGCUUCAAAUGUGCUGGAUCCUUAUUCGGUCAGGAGGAAUGUGCUCGCGACUGCAAGGGAGUGGAAUGUGGUUCUCAGUGCAUCGGCGGCAACUGCGCCUCUGCUUGCCAAGGCCUGGAAUGUGGCUACUACUGCCAGGGCACCGAGUGCGCCCGGAAGUGCGAAGGUGGCCGCUGCGGUUCCUACUGCAGUGGCGAGAAAGGAAGCCAAGGACAUUGCGCUUACCAGUGCAAGGGCAGGCAAUGUGGUUUCCAAUGCAUCGGCGCCAUGUGCGCGGCCGAGUGUACCGGAGACCGCUGCGCCUACCGUUGCCAGGGAAGCCACGAGGACGUGGGCACUUGUGGAACCAAGUGCAACGGUUUGGAAUGUGCUUACCGCUGCGAGGGCAGCAGCUGCGCUGAGCUUUGCGAAGGUGAACGUUGCGGUUUCGGCUGUACCAGCGGUAGCGGAAACAGCCAGACCUGCGCCAAACAGUGCAAGGGCGACGAAUGCGGUUCCGGCUGUGUGGGUGGCCUCUGUGCGGCCCAAUGCAAUGGACGGAAGUGCGCCUAUCAGCUGGGCGGCCCAGCACGGAGAAGAGACAGCUGA